AAACGUCUAACCAAAAUAGCAUCAAAUGAUCAAAGUCAACGAUGAAAGUUAUUUUUAAUAUUCCAUAGAAUAGAUCUUCCUAAUGUGUCGUUUUGUUGGUAAAAAUGAUGCAUUUUAUUACAAAUACCAGUAAAUUAACCAUGUGAAACGGGCGUAAAUAGUUGAACAGUAAAAAUCAGUUGGUAAAAUUAUGAUUUUAUUCAGGCAAAAACUAAAAUUUUCUCGAAUAGGAAGCAAGGUAAUCCCAAGGACUACCAAGGUGGGAACUGAAAUAAUAAAGGAUGGUGCACCUUGAAAUGACUGAUAUACAGUCAUAUCAUCACACCCUCACUAUAAAUGAUCUGCCUAAUGAGUUACUCAUUUAUAUAUUUUCUAUGAUCGAUUUUGAAUCACUGCUAGCCGUAUCAAAAGUUUGUGUGAGGUGGCAGCAACUCUGUUUAACACCAUGCAUCUGGGAUAACACUAGACUUAUUGUAUGUAUGAAGAACUAUGUUAGAAUUAGUGACAACAUUGUACCUUUUGUAGCUAAAUACUUGAAAAAUGUAAAACUGCAGUAUUUCAAAUUGUAUUCCCAAGUUAGAGCUUCCUUAAUCAGUUACUGCCCUAACUUAACUCAUUUAGAAAUAAGUAUAUCUCAAGUUGAUAGUUGUAUAUUUGAUGAUCUUGGCUAUUGGCCUCAUUUGAAAUUCUUGAGUUUCAGAAACUCUCUAAUAGUACAAAAUCCAGAAAAUGCUAAUGGUAAUUUUGUAUAUCAUUUACCAUUUGAGAAACUAAAGUAUUUAGAAACAUUAAUUUUAUCAAACUUUGCAUUGACUCACAGUAGCUUGUAUAGUAUGCUAUUGUGUGUGAAUUUAGUUAGCAUUAAUAUGGAGAAAAUGAAAAAUAUACCAGCAGACUUUUUAGAAUCAUUGUUAAGAACCAAGCAGUCAACUCUGAGAGCUUUACACAUAUAUGGAGAUACAUUAAAUGAUGACAUAGUGUGUUCAAUAUCAAACUGCAAGGUACUACAGGUCCUUCAUAUUAUGACAUGUAAAACUCUGUUUGACUCCAGCUUACAUCAUUUGUAUAGAUUAAAAAACUUGCAUUCAUUAAAAUUGAGACAUGGGUAUUUUUCAACAAAUGCCUUGUUAGCAUACUUCUCAAAUAAUAAAUUUCAAUACUUGACAUAUUUAAGUCUAUCACGAUGUUUGCAUGUGACAAUGCAAGUUGCAAACGCCAUAAAAACUAGUGCACCUAAUUUAAAAGAGUUAUCAUUUUAUCUAUGUCCAUUUAUAAUUGCUCCAGAUUUUAAAAGGAGUGAGCUACAAAAAAUGUUCAACAUUGAGUUAUUGCUAGAUUAAAUUCAUUGAUCUGACCUCAUUAUAAAUAGGUUGUCAUUAAAACAAAGCAACUUAGAUCCGUCCACCUCAUUAGAUACAGUGUUGUAUUAAUUGUAUUUAAAAUACCGAUUUUAAACUAUGUUAAUUAUUGAAUAUUUGACAUGACAUCAAUAUGAAUUUAGGUUAUUGUAACUAUAAUGUGAUGAAUGUAAAGUUUGAUGCA